CUCCCCCCACCUCCAUUGUUCCAACAAGCAGGCGCGACAACACAACAAAAAAAAAACUAUUCCAGCAUUCAAGGCAAGGGCUCGGGCUCGAGCGACUGACGGGAAAGUACAAUCUGUAGAGAGCGCACAGCCGACGCCGUCGUACGUUGUGUGGCGCUCGCCUCUUCCACGUAGCCCCAGCCAGCCAGAGAGAGAGACUGGGGGAGAGGGGGAGAGAGAGAAGAGGAGGAGGAGGAGAGAACGGGACGUGAGAGGAGCAGCAGCAGCAGGAGGAGAGAGAUAUGUGCCAGAUGUAGAAGCAAGACUUGCGAUUUGACUAACCUCUUCGGCUGGCGUCUUGCGAGUCAGAUGUGACUGGCCUGCCCGCACGACCGCCCGCCUUGCCUACCACUCCAUAAUAUAUAUAGUUCUAUAUAUACCUACAUAUAGAUAUAUGUACAUACAUCGAGCGGAGUUUUUUUUCCUUCCCCCACCCACCCCUUCUUUCUCUCAUGAAAGCGGGGCACCUUGCGGAAUCUUCCACGACUCCGGUGCGAUCGGAGGAGAGGAAUCGGCAGACUGUACAGAGAUUUUGUCAUUAAACAAAACAAAAUUCAACAGCUUUACCUCGUUAUCCCCCCUCCUCCUCCUGCCUACCGGACAUCGGUAGCUGUACCACCACGAACAUCAUCAUCAUCAGCACCACUUCUGCCACCGCGCCUGCCGUCUCGUCGACUUCGAUUCGCAUCGUUGCGUCGCUGAAGCAAAGUAAAAAAACAAAAAAGAGACGCUAAUUUAUCGAAAAAAAUGAAAAGGCGAAGCAGGAGGAUUUGAUAUCGGCCUGAAGAAUUAAUAUUUAUGUCUAAAAUGGUUGUGAUGAUGCACGGAGAAGGAGGCAUUUGGAUGUAUAUCGAUCUCCAGGCGCCGACUCGAAGACUCGAACCUAUUGCGGAUAAAUAAGGGCAAACCUUAACCGACCGCUCAACACGGUCGCGUCGCCGCCAAACCCCCCCCCCCCCCUGCACAAUGACUUCUCGGGGAGUAUUCGAGGAAAGUGCCCCGUAGAGGCGACGCCGAUCCCCAUUGCCGCCGUCCGCUUCGCUACCAGCGCGGUCGGACGGAGCUGACCGCACUACUGCUGCUACCGCUGGAGGGUUGUGGUGGUGGUGGUAGUGGUGGCGGUGGUCGUGGCAACCGAGGAAGACACCGCAACGGACGACGGCCAUGGACGCCCGCGAUUUUAACCACUCCAUCCAAGCAGCGGCAGGGGCAUCGUCUCAAGCACCGCCACCUCCGCCGCCUCCUCCGCCUCCUCCUCCGCCGCCUCCGUUACUGCAGCGCGAGACGAGCGGCGGCUCUCUGAGCGGCUCGCAGCAUCAAGCGGCUGCUCUGAGCCAGCAGCACCAUCACUCGCAUCACCACGCGCACCAUCACUCGCUGGGGCUUGCGCCUCCUCCUCCGCAGCCUCCUCCGCCACCGCCGCUGCACGCCUACCGCGCGGCCCGCAUCUCCGCGCACGGAGCGCUCGCCCCGACCUACUCGCCCGACAAAUACUACGCGUCCACUCUACCCAUGGCCGGAGCCGCAGGGAGCGCCUACCUGGGGGGUUCGUCCCCUUACCUGAGCUCGUACCUGGCCAGCGGACCCCCUUGCCCGGCAUCGGCGGAGCCCCCCUCGUACCGCCAGGGACCGAACCCCCAUGGCGCCCCGGGCAUCCCUGGUCUUGCCGAUUACUGGGCGGCACAGUCAGAAGGACUGUCUCGUCUCUCCGCCGGAGUCUACUCCCCGUACCUCCCGCUCGUGUCGCUGGACCAGUCGCCCUCCGUGAACCCCUUCCUCGCCGCGUACGGACAGUCCCGAGUGCACGACUUGCCCAAAGACGGCUACUACAUGAGCAGCCUCUCCGCCCACGCGAGCCACGCGAGCAUCGUCCCCCGCGGCGCUCCGGCCCAGCCGCCCUCCGGCCCCACACUCAUCUCGUCCCGCGACACCAAGGAGGCGGCCGCCGCCGCGUGGCCGCAUAAGGGCUCCGAGCGGCCGGGCCUGAGCCGCGCCGGCAAGACGGACGGCGCCGCCGCCGCCGCUGCCGCGUCGGCGCACCGGCGCGAGCGGGAGCGGGAGCGCUCCGAGAAGCGGGAGGAAGCCCGGGCGCGCUCCAAGUGCGUCAUCGACCUGACGAGCGAGUCCGGGGAGGAGGGCGAACUCAGGAGUUGCAGGGGAGCGGCGGCCGCGGCCGCGGCGGCGGCGGCGGCGGCGCUGCCCGGGCAGCAGCAGCAGCAGCAGCAGAACGCGAAAUUUCACCACCCCGGCUCCACUGGAAGGGAGACGUCGGGAAGCACCGGGAAGAGUGGUGCCGCCCUUCCGCCGCCGUCGUCCUCCUCCUCGUCGUUCGUUAACGGCAUGGACCGGAAAUGCGGCGACACGGACGCUCACGCGCAGGAUAAAGGAGGCGGCCCUUACGUCACCUCGUCGUCAUCGUCGUCACUGCUGUCGUCGUCGGCGUUGAGGACUCGAGCCGAGGGGCCGUCGCCCGCGAGGCUUCAGGUCACGUCUGGCAGCUUCUCAAUCCACUCCUCCACGAGCUCCGCGCAGGUGGCGGCGACCGGGGGAAUCGGCGGCGGCGGCGGCGGGAGCGGUGGCGGCGGCGGCGGCGGUGGUGGCGGUGGUUCGGCGCGGCACCGCGUCAUCGCGCCCAUGUUCGUGCCGUCGGUGGGGCACCCGAGCCCCACUCACGCCGCCGCGUACGGCGCCACCACCACCGCCACUCACCGCGAUCGCGAGAGGAGGAGGGAGGCCGACGCCAUCGCCGAGGGGCACGACGCCGACCCGGCAGAUGCCGCGUGCGAGCAAAAGCACGACGGGGGUGGGGGCAGCGGUUCGGUGAUCAAAUUCGACUCCGGCGGGAGCUGCCGGAGCAGGGGCGACCACGGCGCGGGUGGCGCUGCGGACGACUCCGGCGCUUGGCUCUCGGGCGGGGGCGGGCGCGAGCACAGGGACGGGCGCUUUGAGCGUUCGCACAAAGCGCUGGCGAGGGCGCCGGCAGACACGCGGUCCGACCGGCAGUCGGACGGAGCCAGCGUCGGGGACAGGCAGGACCCCCCCCAGCCAUGCCGGCGCUUCGAGCCCCCGCAAGCCAGGACGUCUGCGAGCGCUGAUCAGCAGUGCCGCGGCGGCGGCGGCGGCGGCGCCAUGGACCCGGACGGCAGCCUGGUGGCGGGGAGCGGCUACGGGCGCUACGGGGCGUGCGCGAGCGGCGGAGUGACGUCGGCGCCGCCGCCGCCGCUGCUCUCGUCGUCGUCCGGCCAGGGCAAAGCGAGCGGCGACUCCGCCGUCGAGUGGCCGGGCCCGGCGCUCAUCAGCCGGCGAUCGGUGCUGGUGCCGGGCGGCGGCGGCGGUGGCGGCGGCGGACCCGGAGCGUCCGGGGCGGCACGCGAGGGCAGCGAGCCGCCGCCGGCGCCCAUCAGCCCCGAGGCGUCGGCCAUGCGGGGGCUGCUGCGCUACACCGGCUCGUUCUCGCGAGAGGCCGAGGCCCGAGUGCUGGCCGGGCGACGCAGCCCCUUCGGGGGGCUCGCCAACGUCCGUGGGGCCGCUGGCGGGCAUCCCCACGGGCACCCCCACGGGCACCCCCACGGGCACCCCCACGGCGCGCCGCCACCGCCCACAUCGUCCUCGGCCCCUUCGUCGGCGACGGCAGCGGCGGCUCUGAGCGAGGCCACCCCGUCUCGGCGGGGAGCAGACAGGUCGGAGCAGCCCCGCGGCCGCAGCAAGGAGGGCUCUGGCCGCGGCACCAGCGAGAGCGAGGUCCGCUGUCCACCCGUAGGCAUCGCCGUCGCGCUGGCUCGCCAGCGGGUCGGUGGAGGGGGCCCUGCGACCCCCGGCGACCUCCGCGACCUCCGCGACCUCCGGGAGCAGAGGCCCCACUCGGCUACGUCAGGACUGCCCGGAGCUGCCCGGGGGGGUCUGGACGGCUACGACGCCGAGCGGACGGACGAGGAGCGGCCGUCCCGCGCCUCCGACGAGCGGCUGGGCUCACGGUACGAGCGGGAGCGGCACAAAGCGGCGAGCCUCAGGGACGCCGCUGGACUACCGGACCUGGGUCGUCUCGGCGCCCCCUCGCUACCGGGGCUCGACUUGGCCAAGUCCGGCCUCGGCGGCGCCGGCGGGGGCGGCCGCCUCCUGGGCGCCGGCCCGCCCGGCGCGGCGGGGGGCGUGCCGGGGCCCGGCGCCGGGCCCGCCGGGGUGGCCGGCGGGCAGUGGGUGCCGCCGCCCGACCCGUCGCACCAGCCGCCCCACAUUGCGCACCACAGCUGGGUGGCGGGCGCCUGCAGCCCCUCCACCAUGUGGCCCGGAUCGCCCUACUACGGUCUUAGCCACGCGUCCAUGGCACAGGGCCUCCCCGUUGGGUACCCGCCCAGCCUCCCCGGCGCAGUGCCCAUCUCCCAGAAGGGCUACCAGAUCGCCCAGGACCCCCAGUCGGGCCACCUGCUGUUCAUCCCCGCGGAGCCCCCGCCCCCACACUUUGCGGAGUUGGUGGACCGCGCGCACACGCUGUGGCCGCCCAUGUACCCCGGCGCGUCGCCCGCCUCAGCCGGCCUGCACGACGCUCCCUCGCUGCACCACUUCCUGUCGCACCAGCAGCUCCUGCAGCGGCAGCACGAGCUCAUGUUCCUCCACCACCAGCACCAGCAGCUGCACCAGCAGCACCAGCAGCAGCAGGCGCUGGAAAUGCACAGGAGCCUGCACGCGCAGGAACAGCAGAUGUCAUCGGCUGAGCUCCGUGGUGGCGGCGGAGGUGGCGGCACCAUCGAUCUGGACCACGACGCCCGGCCGCCCCGGGCGCCGCCAAAGUCUUCGUCGAAGCACUCGGGCGCGGCCAGGGCCCGAACCACCACGCCGGGCCUCACCGCCGCCAGUGCCCGGGAGCGCACGGCCACCAUCAUGGCCUCCCCCCGCGGCACACCACCGGCCUCCCCCAGGACCAGGGAGGGCGCGUCGGCGGUGGUGGCCGGGGUGUACCGGCCCAGUGACAUGAGGCCGGCGAGUCCCGCGGUGGCACGGGCGACGCCGGUUCCCUCGCCGGCCGCUCCGGCCUACAACCCCUGUGCCCAGCUCGCACGCUCGCCCUCCCCUGCCCAGGAGCCCCAGGAGCAGGCUGGCGAUCAGGCGAGGAGGGAGGCUUCACCCGCGUACCAGGCUCGAGUGCCAAACAAACCGGGAGACUUUGCGCUGGAGCCGGCAAAUGGCGCUUUCCCGGAGGCCCCGUUCCAUGCCGAGGAGGCGUCGGCCACCAUCGCCGCCCCGUCUCCCGGCGAGGCGCGGCUCCACCGGCCGUUCGACUCGGCGUCGCAGUCCCGUGCGCCCCUCGCCGGCGCCGCGCCGCCGGCCUCGCCCGCCUCGCCCACCUCGCCCACCGGCUCCAGCUCCGGCGCUGGCAGGAAAGACGACGGCGGCGGCGGCGGCGACGCCGCCGCGGUCGCCCUCGUCCGAUCGCAUGAGGGCGACAAAGAAAUCGUGGCGGAGCCCCGGAGGGGGGAGACGGCGGAGGAGGGGGAAGCACGAGCGGCGGCGGCCGUGUCGUCUCGAGAAGCGAGCCCGGCGCCGACGGCGACCGCGUUGCCACCUGCGCUCGUGAGCCGGCGAGACGCGACCUCUCCGGAACUCGAGCAGCCGGGUAGUUGCGCGGCCGCGAGCGAGGCGGUCGCGGCACCGGCGUCGUCGGAAUCGCUCGCCGCACAGCUCGGCGCUGGCGCCAUUGCCGCCGCCGACGCCGCCACCGCAAAACCGGCACCGGCGCCGUUGGUUGAGCAGCGCAGAGCCAAGGACGGCCGAGUCGACCCGGGUGAUGUCUUCAAGGGCCACGGCGGCGAGGACGAUUGCGCGGCGGCGGCGGCGCCGGCGGUCGCUCUGCUAGCGCGGCCGCGCUGCCGCGACUUCCACGACAGCCCGCUGGCGCGUCUCGCCGAGUCGCUGUGCCUCGGCUUCGAGCCCGAGGACCCCAUGAGCGGCCUUAAUACGCUGGUGAUGGUGUGUCUCGGCAAGACAGAACCGGUGCUGGUGCCGGCGCCGGACGGGUUGGCGUGCGCGCCCGGCGCCGGCACGCCUCUGCCGUGGGACCGGCUCGCCGGGCUGCAGGGCAUCUCACUGCUCAGCGAGCUGGCGCUCAUGCGCAUGGAUGGCAAGAGCGGCACGGGGCUGACCGGCUGCUGCCAGCCGGGCGAUUCGUGCGGCAUCGCAGCCGCCGCCACCCCGGGGUCGCGACGUCGCGCCUCGGCCCUGCAGGUGCUGCUCGGCGUGGCCGGCGCGGAGUUGGCUCAGGCCGCGCGCGAGCGCGCCGCCCUCUCGGCGCUGACGCACGCUCGCGUCGUGCGUCAGUGGAACGACAAGCGCCGGAAGGUGGCGGCCUCCGCCGCCGCCGCCGCGGUGGCCCCGCCGCCGUGCUGGUGCCCCCGCAAGGAGGAGCCGCCGUGCCCCCUAAGGGGGGGCCCUGAGCUGCUGGAGCCGCUGGAGCUGGAGCUGCGCGUGCGCUUGGCCGAGGUUCAGCGCCGCUACCGCGACAAACAGCGCGACGUCGCUCGGCUGCAGCGCCGCCGCGACUGGCGGGAUGAGAAACGGCGUGGCUGCUGUGGGGCGCGACGUGGGCCCGGACGGCCGAGGAAACGGCGCCAGGCAUCGAGCGGUCCCCCCUCUCCUCUCCAUCGGCUCUGCGACUCCUCGGGGGGAGACAAGGCCUCCGGCAAAGCGGCGCCGGCGCAGUCGGAGGGCGGCGAGAGCCACGAGGACGGCGAUGGCGGCGACGGCAAUGAUGACGGCGCCGCCGCCGCGCUGCCCCCUCGACGGAAGAAACCGCGGCGCGGCGGUCGCUCCGACGCCGCUGGUGCCGGCAGGAGGCGGCGUAAGGAGCGAGAAUCGGAGGGCGGCGGUGGCGGCAGCGGCGGUGGCGGCAGCGGCGGCGGCGGGAGCGGCAGCGGCGGUGGCGGGAGGCCGAAGGUGGUGGCACGGAACCCGCAGGGGGCGGCCGGCAAAGCCGCUCGUGCCGAGAAGCUCGCGCAGCCCAAAAAGAGAACGAAAGCAAAAAGUUCUGACACGACGUCACCAUCGCCGCGCAAACCCAAGGGCCAGACUCGCUCCCCGGCGCCACCCAGCACCGCGGUGGCACCAUCACCACCAACACCACAACCACCGCUGCCGCCGCCGGCAACGUCCUCAUCGUCAGCUUCGGCACAACCACCAUCCUCCUCCUCCUCGCCCAACUCCUCCUCCUCCUCCUCCUCGUCCCUGCCGGCGCCUGGAAAGAGCAAGAAGAAGAAGAAGAAUUUUAACGACGGAGGGAAGAGGGCGGCUCUGACCUCUGGAGCUGUGAACUCUGCCCCGGGUGCGGUCACCAAGACCUCGCCGGCGAAAUCUGGCAAGAAGGAGUGCACGACCACCGCCGGAGCCGGAGCCCGGGCGGGGGCGAAGGGGGCGGCAGCGGCGGCAGCCGCAGUGGAAACUGGCGCCAGAGCCAGGGCGGACGUCGCGCAGCUGGCCCCCGCCAGGCCCGAUCAAGGCGGCGCCUCCGACUACGAGCCCGUGACCGCGGAUCGCUGGCCCUCCCUCUCCACUCCCGACUUCUCCUCGGUGGCCGCCUCCAAAAACCCCUCCGCCACGACGGGCGCGGCGGCCGGCGCUGCCGCGGCGACGCCGCCGCCAACGACGACGCCGAAGAAGAAGCCGGCGCCCGCGCCGGCGCCCGCGCCGGCGCCGUCGCCAAACCCGCCCCGCGCCACCGCCAAGAGCGGCGCGCGCCGGCCGGCGCCGGGGCCCGCGCUGGCGUCGGCGAUGGCGUCGGCGGCGGCGGGAAGAGGCGGCGCGCGGGGCGGCGGCACGGGCACUGCGAAGGCGCGGUCGGGAGCGAGCGGUGACACCGGCGGGAACGGCGGCGGGGCGCCCGGCGCCAAGGGUCACGCGAGGGCGGUGCGCAUCGUCUACCCGGCGCGCUUCCCCGACGACAGCGACGACAGGCGCGCGGAGCAGAGCGCGGAGGCUCGGAGGGAGCGCACGAGCGCCGGGGAGCUGGAAGCGAAGCAGAAAGCGCGGAAGAAGAGGGAGCGGCAGUGCAUGCUGGGCACCGAUUCCCAAUUUUCCGACUCGGAGGUCGACGUGAAGGUGCGAAGGACCACUCCGGCCGCCCCUCGGCCACCCAAAAAGGCCGCGCCUGUCGUCUCGCGGCCCGGCAAGAGGCCCAAGCUGCUGCCGGGCCUCUCGCGGGCUCCCGGCGCCAGCACAACUCCGCCCAAAACGUCCGUGCCAAUGGCCAAGUCGGCAAAGUCGAAGCCUAGGCCUACUAAGCCGAGGGUGGCGAGGCCUCCUGCCGCACACAACGCGAUGCGGGGGGAUUUCGCCGAUUUUGGCACGGCCGGGAUGUGGACGCUUGGCGGCGGCGGUGGAGGUGGAAACGGCUCGGGCCCGGCAAGCGGAGCCAGCAAGGCGAAGAUGAAAGAGAAGGCAGCGCGGAAGAAGAGCGGCAAGAUGGGGACCGUGGUCGUGCCAAGCCGCGCCGGCCUCUCCCAGGCCAGCCGGCCGAGUGGCAAGCCCGGCACCAAACCCAAAGCGUCCAAGAGCAAGGGCAAUUGCCGACCGAACCGCUGA